UAUUUCUGUGUUAAGUGACGAAUGCAACCAACAUACGUUUGUAUUUUAAUAUUGUCUAAGGAGUUUUGGCAAUAAUUUAUUUUAAAAAAAGCUUGGUUUGUUUUAUAAAGGAUAAGUUAGCUUAGCCAGGUAGGUUAGCACCAUGUUUACAGAGCUCAACAGCAUCCUGAACGCCUCUCCGGACAGCUUCACACAGGGAGAAUUUAUCCUGGUUUCGGAGAGACAGGGUGACGCCUCUUUCCUCAUUUACCACUUUCUGUCGUUCUACCUACGAGCCCGAUGCAGAGUGUGUUUUCUGGGUCUGGUGCAAUCCUUUUGUCACUAUAAUGCAGUCAGUCAACGACUGGGUGUCAGUUUGACACAAGCAAAGGAGAAAGGCCAGCUGGUAUUUCUUGAAGGACUCAAGGAGUCUCUGUCAGUUCUGAUUCCAGAUGAAAACAUGGAAAAUCAGGCUAUGAACUUCCUCAGGAAUCCUGCCGUCGGCCUGCGGAGUCUGUAUGAGUUUGUUCGGUCCAGUCUGACUGGUUCAGGCGUUAGUGAGGAGGGGGCAGAGGAGUGGGGACCACCUGUGUUGCUGGUGGAUGACCUCAGUGUGCUGCUGAGUCUGGGGGUCAGCACAGGAGCCGUGUUGGAUUUCAGUCAUUACUGCAGAGCCACAGUCUGCUCUCAGCAACAGGGGAAUAUGGUGAUGCUAGUACGCUGCAUUGGGGACGAGGAGGAGGAUGGAGACGAAGGCUCUGAGUCGCUCCUGAAGGGCUUGUCCCAUCAAUGUAGCCUCGCUCUUCACGUUCAGGGUCUCCCCACUGGCUACUGCAAGGACAUCCAUGGACAAGUAGAAGUCUGUUGGAGGAGGAGGAGACAAGGUGACGAGCAGCACACCCAGAAAAAACUCUUUCAAUACAAAGUUCAUGACAAAGGAGCCUCCUUUUUCGCCCGUGGCACCUCCAGCGCUGUUCUCUAAUUUUAUUUUCAACAUUUCGUUAUGGACUUCUAUAUGAAGCCGCUCACCCGGACCUAGCGGCAUCCAUGUUUCAGUGUCAUGGUGGUAGUUGGAUGAUCUGCUGCCAUAUUAUAAGAGCUACGUUUGGUGUUUGGCUGGUUUAAAAAUGUCAACAAACACACUUUUUCUCGAGGAGAGACUCUGAAGCUGUCAGCUAACAUCCCUGCUUCAAGAUGUCAGAAUCACUCCCUGCCUUAUGGUUUAUAAGGAAGACUCCAGACUCAUAUUGUUUUUAGUAUUUAGUUACUUGAACUUAUUAGACUUUGAGCUAACAGAAUGUGUAAACAUGCUCUGCCAAUAAAGUGACUCAAUUCUGAACUUA